GCACCGACAAAGCGAGAUAGACGACACCAGGGGAGAGAGGCACAUUUUCACGCCCUCUCACAUUAUUUCUCGUCUCAUCGAUUAAAGAGACAGGCUUCCUUCAGGAAAAAAGUGAACAGGAUCCCCAAACGACACGAGGGAGAGAUGCAGUCUGUGGAGAGAUGGACUUUGCUGCUUUUACUCGUGGGUUUGAAGGCGCAAGACUGCCUCUCAUCAAAGGCUGAGGACCGACUUUUCAGGAAGCUGUUUAGACGAUAUAAUCAGUUCAUCAGACCAGUGGAGAAUGUCUCUGACCCAGUCACUGUGGAGUUUGAGGUCUCCAUCUCCCAGCUGGUUAAAGUUGAUGAGGUGAAUCAAAUCAUGGAAACAAAUUUAUGGCUCAGGCAUAUUUGGAAUGACUACAAGCUCCGAUGGAAGCCUGCAGAGUUUGACGGGAUUGAGUUCAUUAGAGUCCCAUCGAACAAGAUUUGGAGACCCGACAUUGUGCUCUACAACAAUGCUGUAGGAGAUUUUCUGGUGGAGGAUAAGACCAAGGCCUUGCUGAAGUUUGAUGGAACUAUCACAUGGGUUCCUCCAGCAAUUUUUAAAUCAUCUUGCCCAAUGGACAUCACCUACUUCCCCUUUGACUAUCAGAACUGCUCUAUGAAGUUUGGGUCCUGGACUUACGACAAAGCCAAGAUUGACCUGGUACUUAUUGGGUCCAAGGUGAACCUGAAAGACUUCUGGGAAAGUGGCGAGUGGGAAAUCAUUGAUGCUCCAGGCUACAAACAUGACAUCAAGUACAACUGCUGUGAGGAGAUCUAUCCAGACAUCACCUACUCCUUCUACAUCCGGCGUCUGCCACUCUUCUAUACCAUCAACCUCAUCAUCCCCUGCCUCCUCAUCUCUUUCCUCACAGUGCUGGUUUUCUAUCUCCCAUCUGACUGUGGAGAGAAGGUCACGCUCUGUAUCUCCGUCCUGCUCUCCCUCACUGUGUUCCUACUUGUUAUCACAGAGACCAUCCCCUCCACAUCGCUGGUCAUCCCGCUCAUUGGAGAGUACCUCCUCUUCACAAUGAUCUUCGUCACACUCAGCAUUGUCAUCACUGUUUUUGUGCUGAAUGUACAUUAUCGCACACCAAUGACCCACACUAUGCCGGGCUGGGUGCGCUCGGUGUUUCUCAAAGUGCUACCGAGGAUUAUGCUAAUGCGGAGACCGAUUGAUGAGAACAGCAAAGUUGGGGGGCUGGACAGCAGUGGGGAGGCAGGAGGAGGUGGAGGGGGAGGAGGAGGCGGAGGAGGAAAAGGAGGGAGAAAACGGAAGAAUAGCUUAAUGCAGUUUGGAGGAGGAUCGCUUAACUGUCUGGAGUUUGGUGAAAGCAAGCUCUCAACUAUGGAGGGCUGCACUGGAAAGAAAUGCCCCUGCCCUUGCCAGCAUGGGAAGGAAACCCCAGAAACCCCAGACCCUGGGAAGAUGACACGUCAGCUGAGUCACCAAAGCAUCAACACAGUCGUGGCCUUUUCUGUGGUGUCACCUGAGAUUAAACAGGCCAUCGAGAGCGUCAAGUACAUUGCUGAAAACAUGAGGAGCCGCAACAAGGCCAAAGAGGUGGAGGAUGACUGGAAGUACGUCGCCAUGGUGAUUGACAGAAUCUUCCUUUGGGUAUUUGUGACCGUGUGCGUCCUGGGAACUAUGGGCCUGUUCAUCCAGCCUCUUUUUGGCUUUUUCUCAUAACUGCUAGCCCGUCAGGGUCCUCAGUCACCCUGUGCAUAGACCAAUCUCAAACAAGUAACUAAUGGACUCUCAGUUCUCAUCCGACAAAUCAAAAGACAGUUUAAGUCCUAAGCACUAUCUGGUAUGCUGGUUUUGCUGGUUUUUUGUGUUUUUUCCCUUUUGCAGCAAAUAGAAAUAAAGAAACAGUGAAGUCUAAAAUGUUCUCGACACAUAAGCUCAUCUUUCGUGGUAAAACAGAUUUUUCUAUAACUCCUUUUUUUAACUCUUGACCAUGUUUAUUCAUUUGUACUUUUAAAGUAUCUUUAAUACAAAUAUUGGACACAUAAUGAUUUCCUGUGUAGUUAAAUUUGUUAACAGCCUCAGAGACCGAGCUUUGUGGGUAAAAUUCUAGCAUUUGCACCCUCCUAAAAAGCAAAACCAGUCUACCUUAUUACUCAGAUCCAUUUAGCUCUCAAAACAUACAUGCUAACAUCUAUAUCGCUAAAAUUGGCUCAUCGGAACUGGGCUUUUCUAACCAGUGAGUGAUCUUACAAUCGUGACGUCCAACUUUUAUAGUCCAUAGGGGCAACGAAAUUCACACAGCUUAAUUUUGACCUAUCUUUUCCUUUUGGGAAAUUUUGUAUACUGCUUUCAUAAAAUUUCUGCCUCUGGCAAAAAAUAAAUGUGAUAAAGAAGUCAGAAACUCAGAUUCAUGCCUCAUCCUUAUUUUGCCAAAAUAUGUAAUUGAUUGUUUUUUGUAUUGUAAUAGAUUUCUGUAACAGUCUGGCUCAGUUCAAAACUCGGCACACUGAAUAUUCCUUUAGGACUGGAACUCGGACAUUCAGCAGAUGCUUGGAACUUUGUACUUCCAGCAGAGAUGAUACAAAAACUGAACUUAACCCUGCAAGAUUCCUCCUCUGAGCUGACUGAUAACUGUCAUACCCGUUACCCAGUCUGAUUCAUCAAGAAUUCCACUGUCAGAGUCAUCAUGCUUGCUGCUUUUUUGUGCCAUUUCCAAUUACAGUUGAGACUACUGGCAUGCUUGGCAGUGCUUUUACAGAUAAGGGCAGGCUGUUCUUCUAUUUGUAAUUAGAAACCAUACGUUUAUAAAUGUUCCACGAGGUAAUUGGUUGGCCUGGUAAAUAUUGGAUUAAAUGGUAUUUGAUUAGUUGCUCCUGAAAUAGCAUUACAUCUAUUAAUUCAUGAGAGGAUUCUAUCAUCCAAUUCCAUGGCGACUAAUUUAAUCUUCUUUUUUCUUGUCACUUUUGAUUAUUAUGACGCACAAACGUGAUGAAAGAAACAUGUAUCACAGAAGUUUUGAUGGCUUUGACCUAUGGCUGAUGAUAUAUUAAUCUGAAUUUUGGUUUUGCACAUUGUGAG